CUCCUUCCCGCUGACGGGCCUCUGCGGCGUCUGAGAGCCCGAGACGGCGGAGCGGAGCAGGCCGGUGCCGGGGAGGGUCAGGACGGGGAGAGACGCGGAGGGAAGACGGGCAGUGCGCGACCACCGGAGGGUUCAGGCCCGGGGCUGCAUGGCCAAACGGGGAGGAGGAGGAUUUGAUGGUCUGAAGGUGGAUCAGUUUCAUCGCCACAGAAGUCCCUCAGCAUUUUAAUGUCUUUUGUUUCAUUUGGUUUGAUUUCAAAUGCAUCGAUCAGGCCAGUAGUGUGUUUUUGUUUCAUCAUGCCUCUCGAGCUGGACUGUGACGCAGCGACGAACAAAACGAGUCCAGAGGCAGAACAGGAAGUGUGUGAGGUCACACACGAAGAGAGAGUGACAGACACACCAACACGAAGAGUUGGAAGACCCGCUCGAAAACGCAAAGCACCAGGAGAGGACAGUUGUGGGCGUGUGAUUGAGGGCGUGACCUGUAUGAAACAGGCGGGGUGUAACGGUGAAGCAGAGAGUCCGGUUUCACAGAAAAACCUUGAGCAGAAAGACUCCUCCCCUGACUCCACCCACCAGAACGGCACAGACACGCCCCCCAGUGCGGAAGGAGACUCCGCCCCUUCAACUCCACGGAAGAAACGAGGGCGGCGGAAACUUAAGCAGCCGGAGCUACACGUUGACGAGGACGACACCAGCAGCGACACCAGCAGAGGAGAGAGUGACGGGGGUCGUCUGAGGGGCCGGCAGGGCUGGGACAUCAGUCUGAGGAGACGUCCCGUACCAAGAGAGACCUUCCAGGCCGGAGACCCCUACCACAUCAGCCGCAGAGAGAAAGAGGAGUUGCUCGCCCGCUGGAAAAAAGAGAAGGAGGAUAAGGCCCAACUGGUGACCAUCAUGAGUGACAUGAUGGACGACCAAUCAACUGUCAGCUCUCAGAAGGAGGAGGAGGAGCCAGCCAUCAAUCUCCUUUCCAUGCCCACACCUCAGCAGCAGCACACUGACCCCGCCUCCCCAACGGUCGCCACGACGCCUGAGCCGCCUCCUGUCGCCUGCGGCAACAAAGUGAUGGCGAGAUCCUCAGAGAUGAAUCUGGAGUAUGAGGACGGCCGUGGGUUCGGGAUCGGAGAGCUGGUCUGGGGGAAGCUGCGGGGAUUCUCCUGGUGGCCCGGCCGGAUCGUGUCGUGGUGGAUGACAAGCCGCAGUCGCGCCGCUGAAGGCACCCGCUGGGUCAUGUGGUUUGGAGAUGGCAAAUUCUCAGUGGUGUGUGUGGAAAAGCUGUUGCCCUUGAGUACAUUUUGCACAUCUUUUCACCAGCCCACCUACAACAAACAGCCCAUGUACAGAAAAGCCAUCUAUGAAGUUUUACAGACGGCGAGUAUGCGUGCCGGGAAACCGUUCCCUGCGUGUGCGUCCACUGAUGACUCGGACUCAGGGAACAGUGUUGAAGUGCAGACGCAGCAGAUGAUUGAUUGGGCCAACUCUGGGUUCCUCCCUUCUGGUGCCAGAGGCCUGGAGCCGCCACCAGCGGAGCGGAACCCGUAUACUGAGGUGUAUCCAGAGAUGUGGGUGGAGCCUGAGGCCGCUGCGUACACGGCUCCGCCCCCUGCCAAAAAACCCAGGAAGAACAGUGUCGAGAAACCCAAAAUCAAAGAGAUUAUUGAUGAAGGAACACGAGAGAGACUCGUGCAUGAAGUCAGACAAAAGUGUCGCAAUAUUGAAGAUAUUUGUAUUUCCUGUGGAAGUCAAAAUGUAUCGCUCGAGCAUCCUCUGUUUGUCGGAGCCAUGUGCCAGAGCUGCAAGAACUGUUUCCUGGAGUGCGCGUAUCAGUACGACGAUGACGGCUAUCAGUCGUACUGCAGCAUCUGCUGCGGAGGACGAGAAGUGCUCAUGUGUGGGAACAACAACUGCUGCAGGUGUUACUGCGUGGAGUGUGUCGAUCUGCUCGUCGGGGCCGGAUCCGCACAGGCCGCUAUUCGUGAAGACCCCUGGAACUGCUACAUGUGCUGCAUUAGGAACGUCUUCGGCCUCCUGAGGCGCAGAGAUGACUGGACCUCACGACUGCAGCUGUUCUUCGCCAACAACCACGACCAGGACUUUGAACCGCUGAAGCUGUAUUCACCAGUAGCAGCAGAGAAGAGGCAGCCAAUCAGAGUCCUCUCUUUAUUUGACGGCAUCGCUACAGGGCUGCUGGUGCUGAAGGAUUUGGGCAUUCAGGUGGGGCGGUACGUGGCGUCAGAAGUGUGCGAGGACUCCAUCACGGUGGGGAUGGUGCGACACGAGGGAAUGAUCAGUUAUGUGGGAGAUGUCAGAAACGUCACACGCAAGAACAUUGAGGAUUGGGGGCCGUUUGAUCUCGUGAUCGGUGGAAGCCCCUGUAACGAUCUGUCCAUCGUCAACCCUGCCAGGAAAGGCCUGUACGAGGGCACCGGGCGUCUGUUCUUUGAGUUCUACCGGCUGCUUCACGAAACGCUACCCAAAGAAGGAGAGGAACGGCCGUUUUUCUGGCUGUUUGAAAAUGUUGUCGCCAUGGGAGUCAGUGACAAGAGAGACAUCUCACGCUUUCUGGAGUGUAAUCCAGUAAUGAUCGACGCUAAGGAGGUGUCCGCCGCACACAGAGCUCGAUACUUCUGGGGAAACUUACCUGGAAUGAACCGGCCGCUGACUGCCAUGGUAAAUGAUAAACUCGAGCUGCAAGAGUGUCUGGAACAUGGACGCACAGCUAAGUUCUAUAAAGUGCGAACCAUCACAACUCGCUCAAACUCAAUAAAACAGGGCAAAGACCAGCACUUUCCUGUCUACAUGAACAAUAAAGAGGAUAUCCUGUGGUGCACGGAGAUGGAGAGAGUUUUCGGCUUCCCCGUCCAUUACACAGACGUGUCCAACAUGAGUCGUCUCGCCAGGCAAAGGCUUCUGGGAAGGUCGUGGAGUGUUCCUGUGAUUCGUCACCUCUUCGCUCCGCUGAAGGAAUACUUUGCCUGUUACUGAAGCUCCGCCCACCACACAACGUGAUGACGUCGUUACUAGGGUUGGGCCGAUAGACGAUGUCAUCAUCCAUCACCGAUGACUGACAGACCUCACAAUGUUGAGCCAGAAUCGUGAUUCACCCCCCACCCACCUUCCCCUCUGCGUGCAGUCCAUUUUUUGGGACCACGAAGACGGUCCGUGUAUAACAGCGCAGGCACGAGGUGAAUGUUGAGACAGAGCGAGUCAAGUAGGUGACACUGCUCAUCCGUCCUCGCUCAUCAGCAGCUGAGCAUACUAUAAGAGCUGCGUGGACAGAACAGAACGUGGAAAGUGAAGUAUACCUGAGCCUUUAGUGGUCAGCUGCUGCAGAGCAUGCCAAAAUUUGUGUGCCACCCCACCGAAGUCAUCGUCCAUCGCAAUGUUUCACUGUAGACAUCAUCUGAUGCCAAUUUGGUAGACAUCGCCCAACCCUAAUCGUGACGUCCCUCCUCUUCCUUUCCUGAUUAACCCAAUAAGCUCCACCUUCUUGAGUUCUUCAUUUUUGCUCAUGGCCUGUGAACGGCUGGUGCUAUCCUAAUAUUAUUAUUCAACCCACUAGACAGCCACACUUCAGAUAUUUAUUUUAAAACCUAACUGGCUCCAGAUUUUUUGGGGAUUUCAGAAUUGUUUUUGUCAUGUUCCAACUGUGACAACUCUUUCUCUCUCACAGAACUGACUUAGACUAAAUGUGUGUGUGUGCAAUUCCUCACUUUGCAAGUGUAUGUUUGUCCGAGCAUGAAAAUAUAGAGCACAAAGCGCUGGAUGACAGGUGUGAAACAGAAGCAGAUGCUCUCUGAGUACUCAAAGCAGGCGAAUCCCAUCCCUUGAACCUAAAACGUGUUACGCCAUGAACUAACCAGGUAUGAUAUGGAAACAAGUCAUUUUUCUGGUCUCAGUGAACCUGAAAUGCUGUGGUGAAGAGCUAAACUCAUGAAAUCAUAGUUCAUGUACAAAGAAUCUCAAAGAAAAUAUGUCUAGGUCAUAUUUUACUCUGAUAUAAAAGUGAAAAACAAAUUAUAUAAAAGUGUAAAAAAAAGAUAAAGAUCCUAAAAUGGGGAAAAAGGAAAUUUAUUCUUUGGAUGAAAUUUGGUUAAGAGUGUAUUUUCAUGAGACUGAUUAAGCAGUGCUACCCAUUAUUUCUACUAUUACACAAAUAGAAGUCAGGUUGGGAUAAAGUGUCAGAUUUACAUGGCAGAAAUGCAGUUCAUCACUUAUUGCUUUGUCAUGUUGUGCCUGGUUAGUAUACGUGUCUGUAACAUCUACACAAACAUCAUUUUCACACAUAAACACAUAUUUCCAGUGAGAGAGAAGAUGUGCUUGAAGAAUCAACAAUACACUGUUUACAGCUUGUGCUCUUAAUAUGGUACUACUAAACUACUACAACUACUCACUCUCAACUAACUCCACUGUGGUGGUCUCUCAGUCUCCCUGUCUCUCUCUCAGCAAUACACACACAGCACACAGUCCCAUAUGAUGCCUUUCUGCUGGAGCCUAUCGGGCACAUAUGAGAGAGCUGAGAGCUGUGUAACACACUCAUACACCUGAAGAGGACAGUUCACCCAAAAAUUACAAUUCUGUCAUCAUUUACUUACCCUCAUGGCAUUCCUAACCUGACUUUCCAGCUGCAGUUAAUUUUGGUUGUCAGUUCACAUUUUAAUGCUUAAUCCUGUUCUCUACAUACACAGUUAAGUCAUUAACAACCAAAUUAAGUCCUGAAAAAUUCAGCCGAAUUUACAAAAAUUCUAUGUAGGGUUGCCAGGUCUUGUAAAACAAAGCCAGCCUGGUCCAUUUUUUUCAGCGGGUUUCCUUGCAUUGUUGGCAACACUGCUACAGAACCAAACUCAACAACUAGUUGUUCAUCAAGUAUUUAAACCUGUGUAUUUUCUUUAUGUGUAAUGCAAGAAAUCACAGUGAACAAGGUACAAUUGGAAUCAUUAAUUUUGCCAGAUCUUCCUAGAAAAAACAGCAAAUAACAACAUAAUGAGCUUACAUACAAAUGCUUGUAAAUGCUUGAGUUUAAUUCAAAUAGACAAACUAUUACUUUGUAGUAUUACUUUGAUGAGGGGGAAUAAGUGAUGACGUAGGUUUCAUUUUUGGGUGGACUACUUACUUAUUUGUGAAAGAAGUUUAUUUUCUUAAUAAGAUCAUGUUGUUUGCUGUCAACUCUGAUGCAACACACACCGAUCUUCAGCAUGUAGAAAUAGAAUUACUUGCAUCCGAUUCUGACAGAUUUUUGCUCAACACUUCAGUCCAGCUCCACCACUCUUACUGUAUUUUGGGUUUGUGUGUGUUCAGUCUGGUAUCAGGGAUGUUGUGUUGUUUUUAUCCCCUGCAUGUGUUUCUACUGUUGGUGCAGAAAUUCAAUGGUGCCGCAUUUACUCCAUGGUGCAGCUUCAUGGUGCUUGGUUCUCUCUCUCACUCUCUCCUGGCUUGUGUUCUGCUUCCGGUUCAGCUCGGCUACGUUCACACCGCAGUUGCGUGAUUAUUGGUCCAGAUCUGUUUUUUAAUGAUUUUGAUGAAGCGUCAUGUUAUCAUCUUCCAUUUGAGGCACUAUCAUAUGAAGUGAAUCACGGAAACAUGCAGUGGUUCAUCCAGUUGUUAACAUCACUACUGAUCAAACAUUUGGGAUCAAUACAAUUUUUUUUUUUUUUUAAGAUUAAUAUGUUCAAUCAACAAGAAUUAAUUAAAUUGAUUAAAUGUGACAACAAAGACAUUUA